UCUACAUAUACAUUACCGACCAGCGAUCAUACAGGGUUGAUCAACAGAUCAUACGUGGAUCAUACCGACAUAACCCAUAGAAUAAGAAGAAGACAUAACAUUUCUUAUCGAAGCGUGGUCGUAGUUGUAAUCUUUAGCGGCAAAAUUUUUGUAAUUCAUUUGUGAAAAUGGGUAAAGUGUGUUUUUUGUGCGGUUUUAGACCAUCUAAACGAGUUCAUGACCCCCCAAAAAUUCAGCAGCGUUCCUUGCAUAGUUUACCAGCGAAAGAAGAAACACGUUUCUUAUGGAUCAAAAUUUGUGGUUUGGAAGGAAUGGUAGAUGAGUAUCCUCACUUGCGUAUAUGUUCUGCACAUUUCACCAGUGAAGAUUACAUUGAUCCUAAAGCAAAAGAAAAAGGAGGUCGAAGUUUGUUUUUAAAAUCAAAUGCAGUACCUUCAGUGUUGGUGCCACAUCCUAUGGAACCAGUUCAAUAUGUCCACAGCGUCAACCUGAAUCUACUAGUCAGACCUGUAGAAAUACUUCUCCAAGAUGCUCUCAUGUCAAUGCUGUAACUCCCAAAAAGAGUCGAUUUCCUGAACCUAUGUGAAUGAAAUAUCUCCAUCAGAUUUUGCAACUCCUCAAAGAAUUAAAAGAACUCUGUUUCUAGUGAAGUCAGAAUGUGAUAAGAAAAGCAGGAAAAUCAAGCGUUUGCAGAAUAAAAAUCGAUAUCUUCAGAAAAGAAUUAUGUCUUUGAAAGAUCUGGUUAAGCAUCUGCAAAAAAAAGGUUUGAUGACAGAAGAGGCAGGAGACAAUUUAAUGGUACAUAUAAAUCAAUUAAUUCAUCUAUUUGAUAACAAACAUAAAAUUCUCCAAUUCUCAACCAACAAAUAGCUCAU